AUGUGCUGCGCCUUUCCUCUCCACUGCCCCACCUCCUAUCUCUCGCUUUCUCCUCUCCCAAUCCAUUUCCUCUCCCUCCGCCACUCCUCUCCCACCUUCCCUCUCUCCCCCCCUCUUCUUCCCACCACUCUCCUCUCCAUCCGCCCCUCCUCCCCCACACCCUCUCCUCUCACUCCCCCUCUCCUCUCACUCUCCCCCUCCUCUCACUCCCCCCUCCUUUACUUCCCCGUCUCCCCUCACUCCACCUCUCCUCUCACUCCCCUUCUUUUCUCCCUCCCCCUCUUUUUCCCCUCAGCUGUAGACGCGUCUGGUGUUGCAGCAGUGGGCGUGAGCUUUGGGAGCGGGGAGGGAGGCAGCUCUAACUCCCCACCCCUCACCCUCCCCACCUCCCCCUCUUCCCCCCCCCCCCCUCCUCCCCCCCCCCCCCCCGGCACCCCUCUGCCCCUCCUCCCCACCCGCAGCAACAGGACACACUCAACGGUCAUGGCGGGCGGCAGCUUGUGA